AGCGGUUGCUCACUCAGCUCCUGCCCGGGAUGUGACGUUCUACACAUGCCGUAUCUCUCAUAUUACACCUUUAGUUUACAGUGUACUGCAAGGAAUCUUUGAAGUGAAACAACAAGACGACUGGUGUACUCACAACUCUGAUAUUUUGUGAGGUUUCAUCCUCCAAGAAACAUGACGGACACCAAACGUCUCGCGUUUUCCAUCAUUCAGUUCCUCCAUGACCAAUUGAAUUCUGGGGGGUUGUCGUCGGAUACACAGGAAAGUUUAGAAGUUGCAAUCCAGUGUCUUGAGACAGCCUUUUGUGUCUCUAUGGAGGAGCAGAGUCUAGCUGUUACCGAGACCUUACCAGAGAUCUUUGCCUCAGCCACACUUAAGCAUCCUUAUACGCCUGAAGUGAAAAUCAACUCAAACGGACAGUCUCCCCCAGAGGAGCAGAUUGCAGAAGCUGAACAACUCAAAACUGAAGGGAAUGACCAAAUGAAAGUAGACAACUUCAGUGCUGCUGUGGAGUUCUACUCAAAGGCUAUUGCACUUAACCCUCAGAAUGCUGUUUACUAUUGUAACAGGGCUGCUGCAUAUAGUAAAUUGGGAAACUAUGCCGGAGCUGUCCAAGACUGUGAACUAGCCAUUGGGAUUGAUCCAAACUACAGUAAAGCACACGGAAGAAUGGGGUUGGCACUGGCAAGCUUAAACAAACACACAGAAGCUGUUAGCUACUACAAGAAAGCCCUGGAGCUGGAUCCGGACAAUGAAACGUACAAAUCUAACUUAAAAAUAGCAGAACAGAAGAUGGAGACGCCAAGCCCAACAGGGGGAAUGGGUGGAGUGGAUCUAGCAGGCCUUCUCAGUAAUCCUGGAUUCAUGAACAUGGCGUCAAAUCUGAUGAAUAAUCCUCAAGUUCAACAACUGGUGUCUGGGAUGAUGUCUGGAGCCUAUGCCGGGGGUGGACCCGGACCUGGACCUGGAGCUGGAGCUGGACCUGGACCUGGAGAUGGACCUGUACCUGGAGCAGGAGCCCCUGGAGCUCCGGGAGCCCCUGGAGCCGGAGCAGGGGCAGGGGCAGGAGCCCCUGGAGCAGGAAGUGGAGUUGGAGGAGGACUAGGAGGAUUAGGAGGACUAGGAGGAUUAGGAGGACUAGGAGGACUAGGGGGAGGGCUAGGAGGAGGAGCGACAGCAGCGGGAGGACCCGCUCCGAACGACCUCUCCGGCCUCAUCCAGGCAGGCCAGCAGUUUGCCCAGCAGAUGCAGCAGCAGAACCCAGAGUUAAUUGAGAUGCUGAGGACUCAGAUGCGCAGUCGGCCGCCCAGUGCCAGCAACGAUGAGCAGCCCUGACAACCCCAGAGGUGAAGAGAUACUGCGAGGUCACCAGAAGACAGACUGUCCGGGUUUUUUUUUAUUUGUAAAUUCUUGCUACCCCAGGGUCAACCAUGGUUUAUGACAGGAGUAGUGAAGAGCACGCCCAGUUGCCAUCUUUGAAUUCUCCUCGUUUUGUCCACGUAACACGUAAGAAUGACAUAUCUAGUUUCAGGUGUCUGGACUCACGCAGGAUUCAAGCACCUCUCCCAGGCACCAUCACUGUAGCACAUGGUGUGUGUAUGUAUAUAUCGUGGGCUACUAACAUUUGCCAUUGAACCCUGUCAUAUCUGAAAUGCCUGCAAGUGAGUGAUUUGUAGAUUGCUAAGGAGCACCACCUUAAACCUCUCUGUGAAGCUUGGGAACAGGGACUGCUCGGUACUAAUGGGGAGUAACAUGGCAUGGGACCUGGAAGCCAUUUUAACAUGGAAUGCCUCAUAGGAUUAAAGUAUUGUCAUCUGUAAAGUUUCUUGUCUUCUUCUUUAAAGCAGUAUGUUAAUGUUGCACAGUUGCUGUGGCCCAGAGUCCAAUUGUGACAAAUCUAUGAAAGUAUAUCAACAUGUGACAACUGCCCCUUUUUCAUUGUCCCACAAUACUGUCAUUUUGAUUAAAAUAAAUUGGAGCUUUUACAUCGUAAA